CCAACAAUGUGAAAUGCGUUUCAUCUCCAACACGUAGCUAUGUCAGAUAUGUACAACUUGAAGCUCGGACGAGAGAAAGCGGGAAGGAGGAAAUGGGACGUCAAAGGUGAUGUGGCUGAUGAGGAGGAGACGAGCAAACAAGAUGUGCGGAACCCAAGCUAUGUAGAGUACUUGAUGCAUUUACAAGACAGAAACAGGAUGCUGAAGCAACUUCGUAAAAAAGACGAACAACAGAUUGAGUUGGAACGCAAAGAGCAGGGCUUUUCUGUUUAUGUCAAUGGAGCGAACAACAGAGGAAGGGUAGGAGGUGCUGUCACCACUAGGAGUGGAGGAAGCAAGAGGAGUUCAAAGACAGCAGGAUCAGCAAGACAGAAUGUGGGCGACACAUCGUCUGAGACAGUGACUGUUACUAGCAAUCUUCGUGCUAAGAGUGCUCCUGUCAGACGACAAGGUUGGAACCCUGAGUCGUUAGAGAUUAUAACACAGCGUGGAGAGAGAGUACAAGUCAAUGCACCAGAUCUACUGACUGGCAACUACGAGGCAGACUUUGAAGCAGCAUCAACAUCUUUUACUGAAGGCCAGAUGUUACAGGUACUGGGGCAAAACGCGAGGCAAACUCAACGAUAUCAUUCCGAUGAAUCUGAUGAUAGUGAAGUUGAUGAAUUGGCUGUCAGUUUAGAGGACGUUCCAGAGCUUCGUAGGAGUCUUGAAGCAGCAGGUGGUAUUGCUGAGUGUAUAGACACAGAAGAGAGUGAUGUGUCAUCCAGUGCCAGUUUGUCGUCAGCAGAAGAGGUGGAUGAGGAAGUUAGUGAGUCAACAGGCAUGACACGGGACACAACUGUCAGUUCUUCUGCUGACUUUUCGAGUACUCGAGAUCAAGAUGUCGUUGUUUUGUCAUUUGCAUCUAACAAGCAUGGUCGUGUUGACAGGCAAGUAACAUCAGCAAAAAGAAAAACCAGUGAUGCUACAGCUGGAAAUACGUUUGAUAGGAAAGAACAUGUACAGCAACUGCAGCAAACUAGGUCUAAACCACAGAGCAGACAAGGUAGUGCCACAUCUGGAGUGUUGAAUACUUUUGGGCAGCCAUCUGGAGUGUCUACAUACCGUCAGCAGAUGUCGAAAGGACUUGACAGUGUGCCAGGGUCUGAUGAAAUUAGAGAGGCUUUAGAAGCAACAGCUAAUGAAACAGAAGUAGCAAAGAGAAAAGGUGCUUUUACUGCUCCGGUUAUACAGUGGGCUCCUGCUCUGUCUGCUUCUCCUACACAGAGACCGUUGUCGAUUCCAGUUGCUUCACCUUUGACACAAAAGACACUAGAAGCUGUUACUGAAAAAGUCAAACACAUGAGUGACAGCCAACAGAGGCGGCUUUUGAAAGUGUUGGGACGCCUUGAUCAGUCAUCUCAGAGUGAAUCUUCAUGUGAAGUCACUCAGACGAAAUCUCAGUCUGAACAAAAGCAGUCAGCAAAGAGUGAAUCUAAUGCAGCAAUAGUAUCUGUACAACAACCUUCAUCGGAACAUCAGCAGCUAGUGACAAAAUCUGUAAGCACUACUGUCACUGAGCCAACCCUCAGCAAUGAUCGACAGGAAGGUACUAUACAACAGGAAAUAUCGCCAAGACGUAAAGAUGUCGGUGAUGAAAUUCUUGGCUCAAUGGCUGAGUUGAGUGGUGUUGAGGUACAUGUGGAAAUCCUGUCGAACUGGGGCCAUCCCAAUAUGAUCGGGCUUACUGAAGUUCAAUUCUUUGACUCGGAGGGCAAACGUAUGUGGUUAGGGUCGAACCGAGUGCAGCUGCUUGGUGCCCCUGAAGGAGUGGAUCCUGGGAAUGUGGGAGCUCUAGUCAAUGGGAAAACAAAAACUGUGAAGUCACACUUUAUGUGGACGUGUCCAUAUUCUCGUGGUCAACGACUUGAUCUCGUCUUUAUUGUUCCUGUUGAAUUUUCUGUCACAUCAACAACACUGCAUGCCUAUCAAUAUGGCAUAUCAAAGAUUAAAAUCUGGAAUUACAAUGGCAGGAUGAAUGAACUGAAUGCUGGUGUCCGGGAGGCUCGAGUAUUUUUUGGUGGAGAGCUUAUUUGGAAGGGUUUGGUGAACAAGGGAUGUGGUAAUCAGGCAUUUGAGUACUGUACAGUGAUAGAUAUGGAAAUCAGAGAUGAGACUGAAACUCAGGCAAGAGAAUAUGAACAUACUGUAAGAAGUCAGACUGUGAUAUUGGACAGAGCAAUAGCUGUACAACCCGAAAGCAAGACAGAGGAGAAACAUCCUGACUCUCCAGGAGGUGUAAAGUCUGAGAGAACAGCUUCACCUUCUAACAGUUCUUCUCAACUCAAGGAACAUAAAUCAGUAGUCAAUUCUGCCUCAGAGGCAUCACAAGUAUCAGUCACACAACAACUUGUUAGAGAGAAACCACUGUCGUUAAAGCCAGCUGAGAUGGCAAGUCGGCAGUCAAAUUCUCGAACUGCCACUGCUUGUGGGAAAGAAACACCAUUGUGGCUGAGAGAUUCACUGAAUGGUCAGCACAGUGCUAGCCAGCCGUAUCUAUUAACAGUGGGAUUGACUGAAGAAGGGAAGUCACAGCGGUCGAUUGACUGUGGUAAUGCUGACGAUCCUCUUGGUUUAGGAAAACCCUUUCCAAGAUCUGCCAGUGAAACUCGACUUGAGGCUGAUUUAAGCUACUCUGAAACAAGACAAUCUCAUACGCAUGCAGGUCGUCGAGCAAUUGGUAAGCAGAUGCUAAAUGAAGAAACAAAACGGAGAAGUUUCAGUGACUCUCAGCUGUUUCCUGAUGAGAGCAAUUAUGAAACAGAGUUACAGAAGAGUAAAGAUCCAUUUCUAUCAUCUACUUCUGCAACAGAUACAGCACCAACGCACAUCAGAAGUCAAGGAGAAAAAACAAAACGUGCAAGGUGGCAGCCACGUGCCUCUCUCGAGAAGUCAUUGCAAUCUCUCGAGCAGUUUCGUAAGUCAGAUUAUGGCAGGAUUACAGCAGGCAUGAACAUGAGUGGUGACACAUUGGAUGUGUUCAUGUCUCAAACUAUUGAUGAGGGAAUGUUGCUACAAGACAGCAGUGUUACUAAUACUACCGAAUCCAGAGAAUAUGAACAGUUUGCUAUCCCUGAACUACCCACUGGCCGGACACUUACUAUCAACAUACUAACAACAUGGGGAGACAGGCACUAUGUCGGUCUCAAUGGAAUUGAAAUAUUUACAAUGUCUGGCCAUCUUGUGGAAGUUGAAGAGAUUUCAGCAGACCCGGCUGAUAUCAAUGUGUAUCCUGAAUAUGAUAGUGACCCUCGUGUUGUUCAGAAUUUGUUGGAUGGUGUAAAUCGUACAAGAGAUGACCUUCACAUGUGGUUGGCUCCUUUUACUGCUGGACAGAAACAUAUUGUGUGUAUAGAAUUUUUCAAAGCUGAGACAAUAGCGAUGAUUAGAGUUUGGAAUUACAACAAGAGUCGGAUUCACUCAUAUCGAGGAGCAAGGCACAUGCAAAUGAUGCUUGAUGAUCAUCUAAUUUUUGAUGGAGAAAUAGCAAGAGCAUGUGGCGGUCUUCUUGGUGGGUCAGAAGCUUUUGGUGAUACAAUCUUGUUUACUACGGAUGAAGACAUUCUAUCUGCUGUCUCUGAAUUUGAUGAGACAUACCAUGGGGAGAUGGAGAAUGUCAACGAUUACUACUAUGAAGAUGAACUGCAGAAAAUUCGACCAGGAACUGUUGACAGAGAUGAAGAACAGAAUGUAAGUCGGCCUUUCACUAGCAUAAGAACACAAGCAGACGACAAAGACGUGCCAGUUAGUCUUUCACAAUUUCCACAAGGUCGACGCUUGCAGCUUAGUUUCUUAACAACAUGGGGUGAUCAAUACUACCUUGGCCUAACUGGAAUAGAAGUGCUUGGAUGUGAUGGCUUGCCUAUUACGUUAAGUGAGGAACAGUUGCAGGCUACACCAAGAGAUCUCAAUGAUCUUCCCGACUAUGGAGAUGACUGCAGGGUGUUAGAAAAUCUUAUUGAUGGUGUGAAUGUGACAAUGUCUGACGAACACAUGUGGAUGGUACCAUUUAGUGAAGGUGAGAACCAUCUUCUUGUUAUCGAUCUGAGAACUGAGAUGGAAGUGUCUGGACUUCGGAUAUGGAAUUACAACAAAUCUCCUGAUGACACAUUUAGAGGGGCGCAGUCUGUGAGCAUAUCAUUGGAUGGACAACUGGUCUCAAGUGAAUCGAGUUUCUUGUUACGGAAAGGUCCUGGAAAUACUCAUUUUGACUUUGGUCAGAAGAUCAUGUUCAAUGACUUGCCUGAGAUUGCUGAGAAAAUAGACAACCAUCCAUCAACUUCCAUUCCAAUAGGAUUUGUUUUCCAAUUCCAGUUGAUAUCAACAUGGGGUGAUCCUUACUACAUCGGACUAAACGGACUUGAGGUUUUUGAUAUUUUAGGUCACCGGCUGUCUCUAACAACUAAAAAUAUUGAUGCAUUUCCUCAGAGUGUCAAUGAUUUAGAGGUUGUAUCAGGUGAUGUACGAACUCCUGACAAACUCAUAGAUGGAGUAAAUGAUACCUACGAUGGAAGGCAUAUGUGGCUUGCACCCGUUUUCCAGCAGCAGGUAAACUUGCUGUAUGUAUAUUUUGAUCAUCCAGUGAGCGUUUCAAUGAUAAAAUUAUGGAACUACAGCAAAACACCAAGUAGAGGAGUGAAGGAAUUCAGUGUUUUGGUCGAUGGUCUUUUGGUCUAUCAUGGUAUUCUCCCUUCAGUGCCACUGGAAGCAAGGGGAAUUCUGCCUACUUGUAUGGCACCAGUAGACCACCACUCCAUUCUAUUCACAGAAGGGCAAGACAUUGUAGCAAAAGAGGAACGUCAUGCUCUCAGAUCGGUAUUUGAAGACCAGGAUUUUCAAAUGACCAAUGACUCUUACGUUUGUACUGGAGGCAGACAGUCGAAAAGUGUCCACUCUGUUGAUCCAGCUCUACGACCUCAGACUAGCGUAACAGCUGGCUCUUUCCAGUGGAGCUGAUGAUGACAUCAUUCAGCUGUUGAUGUGUGUGCUAGCUUGUUGGUGAAACUGACAGCAAGCAUCAUUGAUGGAACCAACUGGCAGCACCCGAGUUAACAGAAUUGAGUGAAGCAAGUAAACUGUACAAAGUGAGCAAGCCUGCAAGCACAUAAUGUGCUGUUAGAGUUUAAUGACUAUAUUAGUUUCAGAAGUGGCUAUAUUUAUUUAUUGUACAUUCAAAAGUUUCUUAUGCAAAUUUCUGAUCAUCAGUUGACGAGUAGUCAGAACAUCAUGUUUCGAUUAAUAUCAGGCAUUUUGUUAAACUAUUGAAUUUAUUGUUUAAUUGAGUGAAUUCGAUUAAAGAACGAAAACUA